AAAGCAGAUUACAACGGAAUGAGCAAUUUAAUCUUUUGCGCGUAGGCACAAAGGCCCCAUAACGAAAUUUAUAAAUUAAUUUAUGUUUAUGUUUAUGUAAUUAGUAUAAUAUACAUAUUUGAAAACGACCAAUGUGGUACACUGCUACAGAUUAAGGAAAUCAAGGCCCUUCUUGCCCUCAGAGGAAAACCAUUCCGUCCUUGUGAAAACUUCAAAGAGAAGUGUCCUUUCUGGUGUCUUGAAGAUUUGGCUGAGGAAGAUGUUCGCGGUGUCAUGGCCAGAUCUGUUUGUACAAAGUCUGCGUUUGAGUUAUGGGGCCAUGGACGAACACACAGCGAACUUAGAACCUCACUCUUGAACUUCCCAUCAGAGAAUAUGAGCUCCUUCAUGCACAAAGACUCCACCUACAGAAUCAACGUCUACACUUUCAACAAAACUCUAGAAUUUACAGAGAGAAUAAAAAGGAUCGAUGCUAUGGAGUAUCUUCCUUUUAAGGGUACAGUGAGUUUGAAGAGUCCUCAGCACGUCUUUUGUUUGUUGGAAGACUACGGCACUGACCCCAACAACAUCCCAGAGCAUCCAGAAUACAUCUACUUUGGUAGAUGGAUUGCUGAUGGUCAGCGUGAGUUGAUUCGCUCCUACAGCGUGAAGAACAGACACUUCAUUGGAAACACCAGUAUGGAUGCUGGUCUCUCAUUCAUAAUGGCAAACCAUGCUAAGGUCAAAGAGAAUGACCUUGUGUUUGACCCCUUUGUUGGUACAGGAAGCCUGCUGGUUGCAUGUUCUCAUUUUGGAGCUUAUGUUUGUGGAACAGAUAUUGAUUACAACACUAUUCAUGGCAGAGGUCGUUCAAGCCGUAGAAACCACAAGUGGCGAGGACCUGAUGAGAACAUUCGAGCCAACCUUCGCCAGUAUGGAACAGAGAAGAUGUAUUUGGAUGUAAUGGUGUCUGAUGCUUCCAAGCCGGUGUGGAGGGAGACUGCUCUGUUUGAUGCCAUUAUUACUGAUCCUCCAUAUGGUAUCCGUGAGUCCACAAGAAGAACAGGCUCCCACAAAGACAUUUCUAAACCUGCUGAUGGCCUCUAUGUAGAGUCUCAUGUUCCUGUAUCACAGGCGUACCACCUCAGUGACAUCUUCACAGACUUGUUAAACUUCUCUGCUCACCACCUGGUCAUGGGCGGGAGGCUCGUCUAUUGGCUGCCUGUCUACUGGCCAGAGUACUGCGAGGAGAUGGUUCCUCUUCAUCCAUGUCUCCGGCUCAUCAGUAACUGUGAGCAGAUGCUCUCCAGUCAUACGUCACGACGCCUCAUCACAAUGGAGAAGAUCAAGGAGCCAGAGGAGCUGGACACCCUGGCUCAUCUAGCAGACCCACGCUUCAGACCCUACCAAGGCCACAAUGCCUUCAGAGAGAAGUACUUCAGUGGACUGAACAAGAGAGGCAGCAAAGAGGACCACAAAUCAGCUGUGAAUGGGGAGUAGGAAGACAGUGAGACUAUCGGAUCAGACGAAACCUCCUUGGUGACUUUAUUCCAGUGAAGAAACAAAACACACAACCUACUGUAUCACACAUUUCGGUCAGUGGAGGACUAUUUGAUAAUGUUUUUUAAUCUCUUUCACUAUUUUAUAAUUAUUGAGAUGGAUUCUAUGCCAUACUUAUUUCUUUGCAAUGUAAUAAAUAAAUGAAUAAAAUGUGUAGCCCUAAAAAA